AUGGCUUACAGAGCCUCCAUACACUCAUCCACCAGGUUCACCCCACAUUAUCUGUGGACCGGGCGCGAUCUACGUCUCUCCGUCGAUUUAUCCUUCCCACUCCCAUCUCCCGACGACACUGCCGUCCACGAUUUGGCCACACACCUCAGCGAGACCAAUCACACGGUCCACAACGCAGCUCGUGCUACUCUUGGCAUAGCCUCCACUCGCCAGAAGGAAUACUUCAGCCGCCAUACAGCCGAGAACCCAUUCCAGGUUGACGACCUUGUGAUGCAUGCGAACCCCCCUCACGGUAUUUCUUGA